AUUUUUGAAAAAAAAAAAUUCAUUCAGAUGAAUCCAGAUCUAAUGUGUAAUUAUUACCCCCCAGGCUAAUAUUAUAAUCCUUUCUACUAUGUUCCGCAAUAAUAAAUCAUAUAAUAUUGUAAUAUUGAUACAUUAUAAGUCAUAAAGUGUUGUUUUAGUAGCAAGCCACUACCAUGACUGUGCCAUAAUAUAAGUAUGAAGCACCAUUUAUUUUGAACAAUGGAAUUACUCAGAAGUAGAUUGAGUCUCCAAAUAUCACUAAAACUCCACAAAAUAAUCAUUAAACUGAAGUUGACUUUGGACAAGAAGAACAGUGUGUAUUGAAUGAUGAUGACUCUCAAUCAAGAAUAAAUGGUACAUCUAGGUCUUAUCUAUAGGUCAUUGGACUAAACAAGAACAUUUACUAUAUCUAGAAUUCGUGAAAAAUCAUGAGUCAAUUUUAAGGUCUAAAUAUGAUAAGAAGUCAAAAAAAAUAUUUAAGUUAAUGAGCCACUUCAUUCCCUCUAGAACAGCUACCUAAUGUCGAUCUCAUCAUCAAAAAUUUAAUCCCUUGGCAAAAGGAAAAAAGAAAAGCAGAUAGAUGAACAAACAAAUCCCAACUGUUAUCCAUCCUUGAAAUCGCCUUCUUUGAUUCUAUUAAUGUUAUUUCAAUUUUUUAAAUGGUAAAAAAUCCAC